CGGCCGUGGCCAUUUCCCCCCGCCGCGCCGCGCUCCCUCCGGCGGGGAAAAUGGCGGCGGCCGAGGGCGGAGGGGAAGAGGGGCGAGGAGGGGCGCCAUCGCCUUCCGUCAGCUCUGCUCAACGCCAUCCCCGCCCCGCCGUCCUUCUCUUCCUCCUCUUUUCCCUUCUCCUCCUCCGCAGCAGCGCCCGGGCGCAGGAGCCCCCCCCGGCGGGGAGGAGGGGGCAGCUCCGCCAUCUUCCCUCCUCUUCCCUCCUCUUCCUCCUCCCGCCGCGGGCUGUAGGCUCAGUCCCGUCCCCUCCUCCCUGCGCCGAGCCUGGGCCUGAGGAAAAAUGAUAUUCAUCCAGCAUUCCUGAGUAAUAAGAAUGGGUCCAGAUGUACCUCUACUUAAUGAUUACAAACAGGAGUUCUUCCUGAAGCGCUUUCCGCAAACUGUGCUGGGAGGUCCCCGCUUUAAAUUAGGCUAUUGUGCCCCUCCUUACAUAUACGUGAAUCAGAUUAUUCUUUUCUUGAUACCAUGGGUUUUGGGAGGAGUAGGAACACUUUUGUACCAAUUGGACAUUAUGAAAGACUAUUAUACUGCAGCACUUUCAGGAGGACUAAUGUUUGUUACUGCGCUUAUUCUCCAAAUGACAAAUCUGUAUGCAAAACAGAAGACAGUGACAGUAGAAAGAAUGCAAAUUCAGAAUACGCUAACAGAUGAAGAUGAGUUUGAAUUUUCCAGCUGUGUAGGUUCAGAGACAGUAAAAUUUAUUAUUCCUGGCAAGAAGUAUAUAAUCAACACUGUAUUUCAUUCUCUUCUGGCAGGGGUAUUGUGUGGGCUGGGAACUUGGUAUUUGCUGCCAAACAGAUUAACUUUGCUAUAUAGUAAUAUUGGAGGAACUGUUGUCAUCUUUGUAUUUGGAUGGGUGACUAUAUGCAUAGGAGAGUAUUCAUUAAUUAUAAAUACUGCUACUGAAACAGCUACUUUCCAAGCACUGGAUACUUAUGAAAUUACUGCUCUGAUGAGACCUUUCUAUAUUUUUGUCUUUAUUGCAGUGGAUCUUGCACACAGGUUUGCUGUCAACACACCUGUUCUAGAACAGAUGAACCAGAUUUUGCACAUCGUAUUUCUUUUUCUGCCAUUCUUAUGGGCAUUGGGAAUUCUGCCCCCACUUGAUGCACUUUUUCUAUGGGGAAUGGAACAACUGUUGGAGUUUGGACUAGGAGGUUCACCUUUGUCCAGUAACGCAAAGUUAUUAGUAAUGUUUCUCAUUUCUGCUGGAACAGCAAUAGCAUCGUAUUUCAUUCCCAGCACUCUCGGUGUGAUCCUCUUCAUGACUGGAUGUGGGUUCAUACUGAGUCUUAACCUAAGUGAGAUUGGUUUUGCCUUCAAAAACACCAUGAUCAGCAAUUUAGCCUCCAGCAAGUCUAAAAAUAUACACAGAGGCCUUAGGAUACAGUUUGGGUGGAGGGAAUUCAUUUUUUAUUUGACUGUACUGACAUUUGCUCUCAUAGAAGCUAGCCUGCUGCAUCAAUUUGCUGGGUUUUCAUCGUUUUCCAAAGCCAGUCCUCAGGCUGUAGCAAGUUACAUUCUGAUGAUACUACUCAUAAUUAUGUGGAUUCUUAGAGAGAUUCAGAGAGUGUACUUGUUUGGAAUCUUCCGAAACCCCUUUUAUCCAAAGGAUAUCAGAACUGUGACUGUGUUCAUGGAGAAGCAAAGAAGGCUAAUGAAAGUUGGUGUUGUCAGGAGGAUUUUACUAACACUAGUGUCUCCAUUUGCUAUGAUAGCGUUCCUGUCACUUGACCACUCCCUACAAAAUCUUCAUUCUGUGUCUGUUUGCAUUGGAUUCACAAGAAUAUUUAGGAUGGUCUGGCAGAAUACAGAGAAUGCUCUACUGGACAUAGUGGUUGUGUCAGUAACACAAAUGUUAGUGUUUAAUGUGGACCUAUGGUGGAACAAGAGCCUUGAUACCGGAAUCAAACUCCUGCUGGUUGGUAUCCUACGGGAUCGACUGCUUCAGUUUGUCUCAAAAUUGCAGUUUGCCAUAGCCAUUCUUCUGACAUCGUGGACACAGAAAAAACAGCGUCGGAAAUCUACUGCUACCUUAAUCACACUCAACACAGUUUUCCUCCCCAUCCUGUUGGCCUUCAUUGCCAUCUCUGCACUACUUUCUUCUCCUUUGUUGCCGCUCUUCACGCUACCAGUGUUUUUGAUAGGCUUUCCUAGGCCUAUCCGAAGCUGGCCAGGACCUGUGGGCACUACAGCAUGUGUUUGCUCUGACACUGUGUACUACCAGCAGAUGGUUCCGAGCCUGGCUGUUGCUCUUCAGUCUGCAUUAGCAGCUGGUAGCCUAGGUCUCUCUCUACCUGGAUCACAUUACCUGUGCCGUUUUCAGGACAGACUGAUGUGGAUAUUGGUGCUAGAAAAGGGCUUCACUUACUGUGGUGUUAAUAUUAAGGGGCUAGAAUUGCAGGAAACAUCUUGUCAUGCUGCUGAAGCUCACAGAGUUGAUGAGAUUUUUGAAAUGGCCUUCGAACAUCAGGAGAACACAAAGAUUGUCUCUCUUAAUCACCAUUUUGGAAACAUUUUGACUCCUUGUACUGUUCUACCUGUGAGACUGUAUUCAGAUGCCAGAAGUGUGUUGUCUGGAAUAAUUGACUCUCAUGAAAAUUUAAAGCAUCUGAAAGAUGAUUUCAUUAAAGUGCUUGUAUGGAUGCUUGUUCAGUAUUGCUAUAAAAAAUCAAGAAAGUGGGAAAACCUGGACAGUGCAGACAAGAACAAAAAAGAAUCAUUUCCAGAAAUUCAGCACAGUAGUGCCAUAGAAAGAUCCAGGCCUCUGAGGGAUGGAGAUAGCUUUAGUGUUGACACAAUUGAGGACUGGACUGAUGAUAGUGACAUUUUUGAUCUUGAAUCCAGUGGCAGAGUGAAAGAUCGAAAAGAAUCUAGGCAGUUAGGAAUUAUACCAAAAACACAUUUGUCUAUUCCAGGGUCUGUAGAAACACAGAACCAAGAUUUUUUACAAGAAAUGUCACCAGAAGAUAAAUUAUACAGGGCUGUUGUGCUUGGACUUCCUGCUGUAGACAAAGGAAAACAGCGAGAAGUUUUACCUCUGGUUGAAUUUAGUUGCUCCUACUCAGAGCUAUUAAGUAUCCCUGCAGAAUGGAGAACAGCCCCCAUACCUAUUUCCAAAAUCAAUGAAAUGAGGCAGAGGUUUCCAGAAGAAUGGUACCAUUUCAUUUUGAGUCAACUGGACUUUUUUCAUCUGAAGGAAAAGCCUUACAGUUUACUUGAAGACCUUAUGAAAGACAAAGCUUUGAAAGAUUUAUACAUCCAUGGUGUAUUGUCAUGUUGUUUUGGGCUGUUUGGACUGGAUAACACAGUGCCUGCCCCUAGCCAUGUGUUCAGAGCGUACACCGGUGGUAUUCCAUGGUCCAUUGGUUUGGACUGGCUAAGCAGCAAACCAGAGCUAUUCCAACUUGCAUUAAAAGCAUUCAGAUACACUUUCAAACUUAUGGUUGACAAAGCAAGUCUGGGUCCAGUUGAGAGCUUCAAAGAGCUAGUUAACUAUCUGGAAGAAUAUGAAAAUGAUUGGUACAUUGGACUAAUGUCAGAUCAUGAGUGGCAGCAAGCAAUUCUUCAAGAAAAGCCAUACCUUUUUUCUCUGGGGCAUGAUCCAAACAUGGGAAUUUAUACCGGGCGAGUGCUCACUCUUCAAGAAUUGUUAGUACAAGUGGGAAAACUUAAUGAUGAAGCUGUCCGAGGUCAGUGGGCAAAUCUGUCCUGGGAGCUGCUGUAUGCUACCAAUGACGAUGAAGAACGCUACAGUAUCCAGGCACACCCCGUUCUUCUCCGAAACCUCACUGUGCAAGCUGCGGACCCCCCUCUUGGCUACCCUGUUUACUCAUCUGAACUUCUGCAUGUGCCUUUAUUUUAGACUGCUAGUUGCUUUUUUUUUUUUUCUUUUUCCUUUUUUAUGUAUUUUUCAUUUGCUUGUUGGGAAGCAAUUGCUCAUGCUACAUUUGUACACUACAUAUAAGAUGUUUCUCAAAAUGGCAUUGGAUGGCAGUGCCAAACCAGCAUAAAUAAUUUGCACAGAAAUGGUGCUAGCUGGAACCUUCAGCAGGCAGGAAGUUUUGAACUCUGCUUUCUUGGUGCUGGAACAUUUGAGAUGCCAUUCCCUGUGUGGCUGACAAACCAAGAGAUGCUGAAGCUUUCUUCUCCAGUUCAGAGAAGAGCAGCAAAAUUCUGAUCAUGAACUUCUUCUGGUGCAUUCUGAUUUUUGUUUUAAUAGUUGGACAGGUGACUUGCACUGAUAGUCAAGUUACAGCUCACUGUAGUACUGUCAACUACAAGAGUUGGUAACCAAAGCGUACAUAUGACUAUUUAUAUGAAAUUUUUUAUUCUAGACAUUUUUUAUUCUAGACAUUGUAUUGAGCUCAGUCUUAGCAUUUGUUAUAAUAUAUGGCUUUAGAUAAUCUUUUUUAGUUGUCAAAAGUUACCAGCUGAGCUUUAGCAAAGGAGAAUUUUUACCAAGUACUUGUUUGGGGGGCAAAAAGAGUUUAUAUAAAACAGUGUGCAUUCUGACAUGUAAAUAAUCUAUGUAAUCUACUGGUGAAAGUGAACAUGUGUAAUUAGGAUUAGGGGAGAGAGAGAAUUUAACUGGAUUAAUAGUAUUUCCGCCUUCCAACAUCCACAUGUGUGUAUGUCAUUGUGUGUACCCCAUGCUCACAUCACUAAAUGGUCUUCCACAAUCACAGUGAUAGCCUGAUGAUUGGGGGGGGAAAAAAAAAAAAAAAAAAAAAAAAAAAGCUCUUUUUGCACCUUUUUUUUUUUUUUUUUUUAAACCUUAGCAGAGAUUAGAAUAGAAUUUGGCAAUAUUACAGAUCACUUCAGGUCAUCUCUCCAGUGCCUUGUUAAUCCUGUUCUCGUAGCAUGCUGCAUUACCACCAGUCAUUAGUACAUCAAUUUUUUCUCGGUAGGUUAGUAGUUAUAAUGUAGGUAUUGCUGGCAUAUGUUGAGCAGAGUGUAAAUAAUUCCCCUAUAGAAGCAAUAUAAAUCAGAUCUGCCCUGUACUGUUUUAGUACGUUCAUGGGUCUUCAGCAGGAACACUCAGUGUUGUGUAAUUUAGAGGAUGUUUAUUACUUUCAUGACUCAUCUUUAAGACUUGUCACAUGACCAUACUUGGCUAAUAACAGCUUCUUUUGAUCAGUGACCAUAAAUGAUUUUAAAGAAAUACGCAAACCUUGUAAGUAUUUGGAAGUGGUAAGGAAACACCUCUCAAAACCUGUGACAGGACCCUCUUAACAUUCACAGUUUGAAAAACAAACAGAACAUUAAUGGAAGCAACCUUUAGGAAGUGAUUAUUUGGUGUGUAAAGAAAAUAAAUAAACAAGAAAGUGCUGAUAACCUAAAACUACCUUCCUUGGCUGUGAACUGUAUGUGGAAAUACAGAAUCAUGGAAAGGGGGGCUUUUAGAGAGCACCUAGUUCAGCUCCCUGUCAAAAGGCAGAAUCUGUUUUAACUAAUCUAUUCCAGACAGUUAUUUAAUCUUAUUAAAAACUUCCAAUACUGAGGCUAUUUGAAAAGAAAACUUUCAAUACACGAGCUCCUUGGCUGAUUCUCUCCAGGUCUUUGCCAUUCUUGCAGUUGGAAAGUUUUGAGUGGGGGUGUUGUUUAGUUUUGUUUUUUUGUGGGAGGGUUCUUCCCCCCCCCCCCCCCCCCCACCCCCCAUCUGAUUUAAACCUCCCUGCCUCAGGGUAAGCCUCUUGCUACUUUUCUUCUAUGUGGACACAGAGAAUUUAAUCCCCCUCCCCCCCCGCAACCAGUGAUCUUUUUUGAAGACGGUUAUAAUUUCUGUCCUUGUUUUUUGUCUUCAGUAAACUGAAUCAACUAGUUCUUGGAGAAAGGAAUGAAAAGAACUGUGAUCAUUUGCUCUGGCUUCCUUUGAUUCUCUCCAUCCACCUUUCCUGAAAGCUGGUAACAAGAGAGCACAGAUCUGAUUGGCACCAGAUGGAACAACAGAAUUAGUUACGUGCUCAAUCCAUGUUUGCGCAUAAGACUGUAGCAUUAGGAAGUUUCUAAUGCAUUGUAAAAUCCAGUCCCCUACUACUGCAAGUAACACGUCCUAUAGCCCCUUGUUUAAUCAUCUCUUGAUGUUCACAUGUUCCAUUAUGUUUAAGGGUUUUGUAAUAGUAUGACUGUGCUUCAUGUUCUGCUUAUGAUCUUCUAUAAUCCUGGUCUGAUUCUUUUUUGACAGAAUGACUAGUUAACAGAAUAUUGGUCUGUAAGAGAAAUUUAUGCCUCUGGAUUGCUUGUAAGUGCAUUAUUUUGCAUGUGUGCUUUUUGCACUGUCCUGUUUAUUUUGGAGUGUUUCCUCAAUUUGUCAGCAAUUUAGCGCAUCUUCAAGCCUGGUGUUGUCGGUAGCGCUCAUAAGCAUAACGUAUGCAAUUAUACAGAAUACUGACGAGAACUAGUAUCUCACGCUGAGCUUACGACAGGCCACCAAGCCGUUUUCCUGUGUAACCACUAAGAAGUGCUCUGAAUUUUCUAAA